AGUAUUUCACCGAAAACAAAUGAAAAAUUAAGGAAGACACAGCUCAAGUAAUAUAUAUUUUACCCCCGGUUUUUUGCUUUCAUACGCAACGCAAUCCAAGAUUCAUCAAUGGCUACUCACCAUCAACAUCAACAUGAGCAGCAGAAACAUGAAAACCUUAGCAUCAAAGACGCUUCGGUUAUCGUGGUAAUGGUUCCUUUCCCAGUUCACAGCCAUAUGAACCAGCUCUUGCAACUCUCAUGUCUUAUUUCUUCCUACAAAAUACCAGUCCACUACGCCGGUUCCUCCAUUCACAAUUCUCAGGUGAGGACGCGAGCUCAUGCUUUGAACUUAUCAGAAAUCCAAUUCCAUGACUUCCCAAUUCCUCCUUUCGUCCCUGAAUUUCAUGACUUCUCAAUUCCUCCAACUUCAUACUCCACAGAAUUUCUUCUUCCAUAUUUUCAUGUCACUGAGCACCUUCGUCAACCAGUUGGUGCGCUUAUCCACCAGCUCUCUUCCAAAGCCAAAAGAAUUAUCAUCAUCCACGACGUUUUAACCUCCUCUGUAGUACAAGAUGCUAUUUCUAUAACCAAUGCUGAAACCUAUUUCUUUCAAGCCACCACUGUUUUCACUGUUUUUUGCUUUUCUUGUGCUGCGAGCUCAGAGAAAUUUCUUCCAAUUCCUAGUGAAUUAGCUCAUGAAAUUAAAGACCCAAUUGAGAUUCCAUCUACUGAAGGAGCUUUUAGUUACCAGACUACAAAUUUUUUAACUCGCCAAACCCAGUUCGUGAAAUCAUUAUCUGCUUUGGGAACUUUAUACAAUGCAUGCAAAGUGAUAGAUGGUGCUUUUCUUGACCUUCUGGUGGAGAAACAGAACGAUAAAAAGGGCUGGCCGAUUGGGCCUCUACACCAGGUAACAUAUAAUUCAAAGAAUAUUGGGAGAAAUUCCAUUAAUGGCAGAGACAAAUGCUUGGAAUGGCUUGACAAACAAGAACCAGACUGUGUCUUGUACAUCUCCUUUGGAACCACAAUUUCAAUGGGGGAUCAUGAUCAACAGCUUAAAGAACUUGCUCUGGGAUUGGAGCUGAGUGAGGCAAAGUUCAUUUGGGUAUUCACAGAUGCAGAUCAUAAAAAGGAUGGUCUUGUAGAAAGUGAAAAAGGUCGACAUGAGCUUCCGGAAGGGUUUGAGGAUAGAGUGAAAGGAAAGGGAAUGGUGGUGAGAGAUUGGGCUCCACAGCUUGAAAUUCUGCAGCACAAAUCUACAGGUGGGUUUUUGAGUCACUGUGGGUGGAACUCUUGCUUGGAGAGCAUUAGCUAUGGAGUUCCUAUAGCAACAUGGCCAAUGCAUUCGGACCAACCCAUGAAUGCUCUGCUCAUAACAGACGUGCUCAAAAUCGGUGUGAAUGUAAAGGAAUGGAGACGCAGAGACCAAGUGGUGAGCUCGUCGGAGAUUAGCAAAGCUUUGAGGAGAUUAAUGGGUUCGGAUGAAGGAGAUGAGAUGAGGAAGAGAGCUAAAGAUUUGGGUGACAAAGUUCGAAGUGCUACUGCUGAUGGAGGAGUUUCUCGGUUGGAAUGCGAUUCUUUCAUUGCCCAUAUUACCAGAUAGAUCUGGAUUAUGAAUUCGUUUCUUUUAUUUAAUUUGGUGGAUGAAAAUCUAGUUCCGAAUUGAUGAUAGAUAUUAAUUAUAAUAUCUAUUUGUUUUCUGCUCAUUAAUUUUUUAUUUUUUUUUAAUUCCCUCUUCCUGUACCUGUUUGCCAUUUUCCUUCAUCCCCUGCCACUGUCUUCACGGUCCAAACCACAGAUUUACUUGUAUUUGUAUCUGUUUGCUUGACUGUAAUGUUAUACAAGUUGCUUAUUUUGGGCU